ACAUCUCCUCACCCCACACUCCUGUUUCAGGACUGCAGAACACACUGUUGAGAUCUGUGCAUUUUUUAGCAUUUUGCAGCACCCCUUUUUUCAGUUUAUCUUAUAUUUAGUGUAGACACCAAAACAUUUUGAGAUGUGUUUGUAAAUAUGUGUGUCAGUGCAGAAGCCUUUCCUUGAGCUGUUUCUGAAAGCUGUACCUUCUCCCCUUUGUUUUAGUUACUAUGAGCAGGACAGUGCUAAUGUCUUUUUCUUAUAAACCAUCUUCACAUUAAGCCUGGCUGUUCGCUCCUUUUUCACUGAGCAUUUAUCACUGGGUGUUUAUCAUAUUAUUCCUUCCCGCUUCCAAACAAAGCCUCCCACUGAGACUUGGAGGCAGCAGACAGCCAGGCUGCGCAUAUACAACUGCCAGCCCUAAUGCUUUCAUGCCUCGUUAAGUGACCUCCUGCUCUUUUCUGCACUUGCCCAGGAUUUUUGGAUGUCCAGCAGCAGCAACACAUCUGUCACAGGAGAGCAGCUCCGUGGUCUCUGUCCCACAGUGGCUCUGACGGAUCUGCCAGACAGACAGAGCAGAGCCCAGAGCUGCCACUGACAUCUCCUUUGCUGAGACCAGAAUUAACUCCUGGGAUUUUUUUUUAUUAUUAUUAUUCAGAAAGAAAACGGACAAAGCUGUAGUGUGCUCUGCUCAGAGCACCGCCAUGCCAAUAUCACCUGUCUGCUCUGGUGGUGUUGGUGUGUAAACAGUCACAGAAAACACAUAGCAAACUGCUUUGGAGCAGUAAUAAACAGUGAAAUUGUGUUCUGAGAAACUACUCCUCUCCAAAGCAUUCAGAGAGAGGCUGGAUUUAUGAAGCAAGAACUAGAGGCAGUGUGAAGCCCUGGAACUGGCAGUGCUGUUGAGACAGAACAGAAUCGUUUCAGUACAAGCAAAGCUCUCAGCCUCUCUUCCCCCGAGAUCCUCCCCGAAGCCCAUCUGUUGUGUGGCGCCUUGCACUCGACAGCAGCCGCCCACCGGCACUGCACCGCGCCGUGCCGCCCUGUGCAGCUCCACUCUGGGCUCCUGAGCGGCACGUUCUGCCGGAGGGAACCCGUCCUGUUCAUCCCACACAGCUCUCCCAUUGUCCUCAGGCCCGUGAGCUCACAUGGCUGCGGAAACACGGCGUGCCUGAAGAGGAAAGGCUUUGCAGCUGCCAGAGAGCGGGAUUUUAUUGCUGGGAUCAGCCUUGGGAUGCAGUUUCACCCUGCCAUGAGCAGCCGUGUGUGCAAUGGCACAGAGCCAUUUCGGAAAACGCAGGGAUGAAACCCUUGUGAUCACAAUUAUGAGGGCACCCUCUGCAAGCUCGCUGACAGCUCCCCGCUGUGUCUGGUGGUCAUGCACUGGAGGAAUGGGAUGGCAUCCAGAGGGACCUGGACAAGCUUCAGAAGUGGGACUGUGAGAACCUGGUGAAGUUCAGCAAGGCCACAUGCAAGGUGCUGCACUUGUGACAGGACCCAGGGAACGGCUGGAGCUGUGCCAGGGCAAGUUUAGGUUGGAUAUUGCAAAGGUUCUUCCCCAGAGGGUGCUGGCACUGCCCAGGCUCCCCAGGGAAUGGGCACAGCCCGAGGCUGCCAGAGCUCCGGGAGAGCUGGGACAGCGCUGCCAGGGGUGCCCAGGGUGGGGUUGUUUGGGUGUGAAUUUCCCCUCUCCACAUUUGAAGCCAUUCCCCCUCACCCUGUCACUCAGUUCCUGAGGAAGAAUCCCUGUCGUUUGUUGAGGAUUGCUGGGGUGUCCUGUGCAGAGCACAGAGCGGGACUGGAUCAUCCUUGUGGGUCCAGUCCAGCUCGGGAUAUUCUGUAGCUCUGUGACCAUUUAUAAGCGCCUGGAGUGACAUGAGGUGGGGGGGGGGGAAGUGACUUCAAAAUGAAAGAGGGCAGGAUUAGACUGGAUAUUAGGACGAAAUCCUUGGCGGUGAGGGCGGGGAGGCACAGGCUGCCAAGAGAAGCCGCGGCUGCCGCAUCCCUGAGGCGUCCGAGGCCAGGCUGGACGCGGCUGGGACGAACCCGCCGCGCCACGAGGCACCGGCGCCUCACGAACGCGAACGCUGCGGCUUUAAGGAGGCGGUCGGGGCGUGUGCCCGGCCCGUCAUGCCGCUCGGGGGGCCGGGCCGCUGCCGUGUGCCGGCGGUGCCGCCAUGUACCGCCUGUGCCGGCUGUCCCCGCUGCUGUCCCCGCUGCCGGCCCCGCUCCGCGCCCCCCGGCCCGCCUGGGCCGCGCUCCCGCCGGGGCCGGGCCCGCGCCGCGCCCGCGCCAAGGAUGCAGCUGAACCCCUCAAAAAGGCAGCCACUGAUCCCAGUGCUGAAAACAAGAAACUCAACAAAUCCCAGCAGCUGAAACAAGUUUUUAAAGAAUAUGGUGCUGUAGGGGUUUCCUUCCAUGUUGGAAUUUCCUUAGUAUCUCUGGGAAUCUUCUACCUGGCUGUGUCAAGCGGCGUGGACAUGAGCGCGGUUCUGCUGAAGCUGGGUUUCAGCGAGGCCUCUCUGCAGUCCAGGAUGGCAGCUGGCACCAGCACCUUCGUGCUGGCCUAUGCUGUGCACAAGCUCUUCGCCCCCGUGCGCAUCAGCAUCACCGUGGUGUCCGUGCCCUUCCUGGUGCGCUACUGCCGCAAGGCCGGCUUCUUCAAACCCCCCGCCUCCGGCCCCUGAGCCCUGCCCGCCUCUCUGCCCUCCAGGCUCCACAGCCACGGAGCUCUUCGGGUGAAAAGGUUCUUUGAAAGACUUAGCUGGGUUCAGGUGGAUCUCAUCUUGUGUUUCUUACUUGUUCUUUCAGGUAAAUGUCACUGUGAAAAGUGCUGUCCUUGUCUCCUUUCACUUUUUGUUCUUAGGGAAAACCUGUUCAAAUGAGAUCUGGUUUGCACUUCAAGUGGGAAUAUAAAUGCUUGACAAUGAGCACAGUUCUGGGUCUUUAUAAGCCAGCUUUUGAGCCUUUUUUUUUUUCUUUUCAAAACAGUCAUAGCUUUCAUUUAUUACUGUGUAGCUGAGAAACUGUGAGAUUCUCUUUCCAGCAGAAUAAACAAUAUCUCACUACACGGCUAGUUCUCUUGAUAAGGGUAUCUAUUGGAAUCUAAAGUGGCAGGUGGGUGUUUCUGUUGUUAGAAGAGGCUUUUAUUAUAGCCCUUCUUGCAGUACAACACAGGCACUGAACUCGCUUCAGUAGGAGUACCCCUAGGAUGAAUUAUUGCAGUCAUAAUUGGUUUAGUCACAAUAGGUGAAGCACUGUUCUGAAACUUUGUGUAUUGCUUCUAUUGUCCAAGAUUUUAUUGUUUGAAAAUGUGCUGGCUGGGAGCCAGCCUUACUAAAGUCCUUUUGUUUUUAAAUGUCGGUAGACUCAGAAGAAAUCCUGAGCCUACUGAAAUCAGUGAAACCAGAAUUACCUGUGUGAACAUAAUCCAAACAUCAUCAAGGCAGAGAGAAGCUGGGGGAGUUUAAUAUUUUGAGAUCUGGCUUUUUACUGGAAAUACUUUUUUUUUGCAUCUUAAAACUAACCCCAGCAGCUUUCUGUUCCUGUGGGUGAAACUCAAAUCUGCACCUGAAGUGCAAACAUUCCAAUUCCCAGCUUCCCAGGAGGAAUUCCUGUGCUUUGGGCUGAGACUGGUGAAUGUAGCAAUGAGGGGGUUUUGCCUUUCCUUAUGGGGACACUGUGGUGAUAGAAUGUAGUCACAGGUGUAGAUGUCCUCGUUCCACCUUCCACUCAACCUGAAGAAUGAUCCUAAAACAGAUGGAUCAGUGUCACACUGGGGUAAGCCAGGGAGCUGGGGCUGUUUGGGACCUGCUGGCUGCUCUUUUCUGAAUUCUCUUUGUGCUUGCACUUACCCCAAGGUGGCUCUGACAGAUCUGAUUAAUACAGAACUCUGCUUUAAGUAACAUAGCAGGAAAAUACCCUGAAAUAGCUUUUUAUUUUUGCUAGAAUUUAGUGAAUGGAGAGGAGGAAAAGGUGGAGUUUUGAUGAGAGUUGGCUGAGGGAGGAAAGGAGGAACAAAUAACUUCUUGUUAUGAGCAGCCUCUUGCCUCCCCUCAGCCAGAACAUUAAAUUGCACCUUAAUUCCUUCCCCCCCACAGGAAGUCCCAAGUUUCAUGUGGACCAAGGAUAAGAAUUUCAAAAUAACUCUGAGGCAGCCUUGUUUACUUCAGUUAGAAUAAUUCCUGAGAAGGAUGUUUUGUCUUAAAUGUGAUAAAGAAGUCAAAGUUUCUUUUUCAAAAUCAUAUGAAAUCAUUUAAAUUCAGUAGAAGGCACCAGCACUAAACUAGAGUUUUAUUGCUGUAAAGAAACAGCUUCAUAGAAGUUGUGGCCAGAAUUCUGAUUACUUAUGUGGUUGUAUAAACUACUGGCAGUUUGUUUAGAUGAACAUUUUUGCAAAGUAUAUUUUAAAUUAAUUUGAGAACUAUAUUUUGAAUUCUUAAAUCUUUGCUUGUAGAAGGAUCAUUUUUAAAAACUGUUUGUAAAAUAGCAAAGUCUUAUUCUGAAAAGACAAUAAAUUGCUUUCUCUUA